UUUCGCUCAAAGCUUGAAUUGUUCAUUGCAAUUUUUAGAUGUCAUUAUCAUCUCAGCACCUACCGGCGAAGAACAUCUUAAGCGCAUCGAUCAAGUUAUAAGCAUUUCACAGGAUAAUUGUAUCAGAUGCAUAAGGCAAAAAAUGCUUAUAUUUCAGGGAACGAAAUUGAAUACUUAGACAUUAUAAUUUGGAAGCAAUUAUAUAUGGUGUAAACUACUAUUGCAAACUAUUUAUUCCAAACUAUUCUCAGUCGGCCGCUUUGAACCAACUUCGCAGAAAAAACGAAGCAUACACUUUUGGUCAGCAACAAGCAUUUAAAGCUCUGAGGUCCCAUAUGAUUAAUGCACACAACUAGCUUAUUUCGAUGCAUAUUUACCUCUGAUUUUGGCUACAGACCAGGUCACAGCCUGUCAGUAUAGGGUCCAAUUGGAAAAAUGCUCUUUAUCAUCCGCUCCACAAAUGGAUAUGUCAAGCGACACUUUAAUCAACUGAAACCUAAGCGCUCAUCAACAAACUCUAGUGAGAAACUUCGAGAGUUUUUGUGGGUUCCUGAAAUCACGCAACCAGAUUCCACGUCUGCACCACAACACGUAGACCGACCUUCAAGUUCCCCCACUGUUCAUUAUCGCUAUUCUGAACCUGAUCCUCCCGAGAGCUCCGGAUUGUCUACAUCAAGCGUACCAGUCGCCAAUGCAGCCGUCUUCGCCAAGAAGUCGAGCGUUUAUCAAUUUGCAUUCUAAAUAGACCAAGAGUAAACUUGAAAAAACCAAAGCAAACAACCAAAUAAUUUCAGCAUCGCAAUGCAAGUGGAGCCAGUAAUCGUGUUUAUUCUAUUACUGAUUUCACUCAUAUCGGCCCGCACCUGUGAGAAACAUGAGACUUGCAUCGAGAAGGAAAAAUGCUAUGACACUAAUGACUCCUGGAGUGAAAAGGUAGAUCUUCGUACACUAGACAAGGACAGCUGCGGACUCGGAAACGUCUGCUGCAACAAGGCGCCGGACAUUGCCAAAAAGGACGAUGAGGGCUACAAAAGUUGCGGAACCCAGCGGGAAUGUGUGCCCCGCCAUCUCUGCAAAAGCGGAUCAAUUAAUGCAGAUGGCAGGUACAUCGUCACCCUACGAAUCAGUAAGGACAGCAAUUCCGGAUGCGGAGUCCUAGAGGAGUGCUGUUCACUGGACGAUCAGACCAAGGAGGCUCAAGAUAGUAUGCAGCGCGACAUUGACAGCUUCCAGUUUAAGGGCUGUGGCUACAGCAAUCCACGUGGGCUCUACUACCAGCUGGAUGGCUACAAAGACGGCGAGAGCUCCUUUGCCGAAUUCCCUUGGAUGGUGGCCCUGAUAGACUUGGAGGGGAAGUACAUCUGCGGCGGUACCCUGAUCCAUCCGCAACUGGUGCUGACCAGUGCCCACAGUGUGGCCAAUUACAGUAAGGACUCUCUACUGGUUCGUGCUGGUGACUGGGACUUGAGCAGCAAGACAGAGCGGCUUCCUCACCAGGAGAGAAAGAUUAGAGAGUGGUUUCGCCACGAGGACUUUGACUUGGCAGCUGUUUACAACGACAUAGCAUUGGUGGUACUGGAGCGGCCGUUUGAGUUGGCGCCGCACAUCCAGCCCAUCUGCCUGCCGCCGGCGGAGACUUCUAAGUUGCAGGAGCAGCUGCAGAAUGCCCAUUGCGUGGCCACCGGAUGGGGGCUUAAAACCAGCACAUCACUCAACCCGGAGCACCUGCUGAAGCGCAUUGAGCUGCCGGUGCUGGACCACGAGUACUGCCAAAGUUUGUUGCGUCGCACAAUUCUGGGGCUUCGAUUCCGUCUUCAUGCGAGCUUCCUUUGCGCCGGCGGGGUGGAGGGCAAGGAUACCUGCAGGGGCGACGGCGGUUCACCCUUGUUCUGCACGAUGCCCGGCGAACGGGAUCGAUACCAGCUGGUGGGCAUCGUGUCCUGGGGCAUCGAUUGCGCCGUUAAGGAUGUGCCCGCGGCCUACGCGAAUGUGGCCUACCUGAGGAACUGGAUCGAUAAGCAGGUGCUCAACAUAUCACUAAUCGGAACAGAUUGAAUAACUUUUUAGUUUUUGUUAUCUUAAUAAAUUAGAUAUCCGGUACUCAGCUUAUCAAUUUUAAAAUAA